AUGCAGUCGGAAAUCUCAGGCUUCUAUCCCAUGCCAUCAACUUCUUCCACUCAGAACCAUGACCAUCCAUCCACCGUGCUGUCCAGCAUAAGCGAGUACGAUGCUGAGAUCCUGCAAAACGACGCCUUCAUUCUCAGCCUCAUGACCGCCAACGCCGGGCUUAAAGUGCGACGCAACGACCUGUUGCUCGUCAAUCGACUACCGAACGAAGUCUUAGGGAAGAUAUUUCUAUAUUGCACCCAUGGCUGGCCUCUGUUGGCAACUCGUAAUCCAUGGGUACUGGAUAUUGCACCUGCAUGGAUACAGCUCACGUAUGUCUGUAGUCGCUGGCGGCAGGUCGCUCUUGGCUACUCUGAACUAUGGUGCAACAUCCAGGCAGGCAUCGUAAGCCCGUGGAUAGAGAGAUUCAUGGAGAGAGCGUUUCCUCGUCUCGUGAAUGUUGAGCUAGUUGUUUUGAACCCCAAUCAGAUGGAAACACCCACGAUCAUCUCCCACAUCUCCCGGAUCCGGCGGCUGAACCUUGAAGGACUUUUGGAUUCGCUCCAAUCCUUCUUCCGCGAGUUGACGAGGCCCAUUCCGUCAUUGGAAUUGCUGUCUAUCUCAGGCAGGCCGGAUGGUUACCCUAGGCCUGACGCUUUGGUACCCACAGUCAUUGCAAGCUGCCUAAGUACAUUGGAUCUAGGAGAUCACUGCUGGAUCGAAGACAAUUCCACGUCAUUGCCAUCGUUGCAGCACCUCUCCGUCUACGAUGUAUCAUUGACUCAACUACAUCGUCUGUUACAAAGAACCCCACAGCUCCUUUCGAUAGAUAUACAGUGCCUCAAGAUACGCGCUUCAGAUGUCGAGGCAAAGGCUACGAGCUUGUCUCAUCUCCAAAGUCUGCAUGCAGCCAAUGUAGAUAUCGAUCACGGUGUCUCAGCUCAUCAUAUUCCGUCAUGGUCACUGAACCUGCCAGAGUUGAAGGAUUUCCAGGCGCAUUUGCUCAGCUCCAUCCUCCUCUGCCAGCUCUUUCCCCAUUUUGGUUUCCCCUCAUUGUCAAGCCUUCACCUCACCGUUACUCACGACCUCGCAGUCCCUGACAUCUCUGAGACGGCGCUGGAUAGGACUAUCACCGAUUUGAUCGCUCCCUUGCAACACGUUAACAACAUCCUCCAUUCGAUCCUAAGUUUCACUAUCGACCUUCCAAAGCAGACUCCUUCGGGCUAUAAGAUUUUGCAGUGCUUUGCUUGGUCCGAAGCCGACAGGGGCACUUCCAAAUUACCAUUCGAGUUUUAUUUUGAUUCGAUGGCAUGCGACCCUGUGGCUUUUCCUGUAUGGAUCGGGUACCAGUGGCCAGGGCGUGGUGAAUUUGUGGCGUCUCAUGGUCUCCGGAUAUUCCAAAAACUAUCUGAGCACCUCGUCCUUGAUGAUGUGCAGACGUUGACGCUCAGCAUCUGCGGCCGUGCCCCGCUCCCGCAAUGGCUGUCUGCACUUUCUGCUUUCAGGCGUGUGGAACGCGUCACGAUGCGCGAUUGCCAGGACAUGCUCACCAUCAUUGAGGCUUUAACGCUGCCAGGGGGCGCAGACGCCGCCUCGGCAGGAGCUUUUCUCUUUCCUGCUUUGACGAGGCUCGUGAUAGAAAGCCUAACGAAGUAUACGAUCGAUCCAGUCGACAAAGUCGUGCCCUCUGCCCUCUUGUCGCUGAUGGUAGCCCGCGAAACGUUAAACUUGCCGCUCGAGUGGGUAGAAUUUCGAUCUUUUGAUGGAACAUGGUGUCGUUCACGAGGAGGGUGCAUACACGAGGUCGAGAUAGAACCAAACACCGAUUGA